AUGGACAGUGUUGCAAUAGGUCAAACGAAUGGUUCUAGAGUUGGUUGGCGAAUAGUUUUAGUAGCUUCAUUUGUUGACGGCCCUAGAGACACGAGGCAGAGAUAUCUUGAUGCAAUGGCUCUAGUUCAGAAGUACGGAAAGAAAAUGGAAGAUAUCGAUUCACAAUCCACACCAACAAAUGAAGGAUCAGCGUCAAAGUCAAGUUCUGAAAAUCAUAGGCAAAAAGCUGAUGUGGCUUGGAGACAUGUUAUAGAAGGACAAGAUUCACAAGGGGAUGUUAUUAAUCGAAUGAAACAUCAUCUUGCAAAAGUCAAGGGUAAUGUUGCUCCAUGCAAAAAUGUGCCAAAUGAUAUUCAGCAAAUAAUGGAAGAUUCAUUGAAUGAAAAUGUUCAAAAAGCAAAAGAGAAAAAAGGGAUAUUUGAAAUUGGAAAUCCUUUUGGCCGAAGUGUAGCGGGAUUUGAAGGUAAAUCUCUUGAUCGUUCUCAACCGAGUAUCAAGUCUUGUAUGCAAAGUAAAGAGAGAUGGCAUGAUACUGACAUGGCUAUAGCUUUGUGGUUUUAUGAAACAUGUAUUCCAAUGAAUGCUUGUAAUUCUCCCUAUUACCAACAAGCAAUUGGAAAAAUAGCAAGUAUGGGUUAUGGUUAUCAAGGACCUAGCUAUCAUGCUUUAAGGGUUAAUUUGUUGAAAGAUGCAAAGAAGCAAGUUGAAUUAAUUGUUGACAAUUUACGUAGUAAAUGGGCUGAAACUGGUUGUACAAUUAUGGGUGAUGGCUGGAAGGAUAAUAGGCAAAGAAGUUUGAUCAAUUUUUUGGUCUAUUGUCCUAGUGGGAUCUCAUUUAUCAAAUCUGUUGAUGCUUCAAAUUUUGAGUCUAAUGCUGAAUAUUUGUGUAAUCUGUUUUCAGAAAUUGUUGAGAUUGUUGGAUCUAGUAAUGUUGUUCACAUGGUCACAGAUAAUGCGAGUAAUUAUAAAGCUGUUGGUCGAUUACUUUCUGAAAAAUAUCCUACAAUUAGUUGGUCUCCUUGUGCAGUACAUUGUUUGAAUUUAAUUAUGAAAGAUGUUGGAGAAAUGACUCAUGUGAAAGAUGUAAUUACUCUUGCUUCAAGAGUCACUGUGUAUAAUCUUCAUGAUUUGAAACAGCAUUUGGAGGCUUUAGUCACUUCUAGUGCAUAUAAGAGAGAGUUGAAAAAUGAAAAAGGUAAAGAAGUCAAACAAAUUGUUGUUGAUGGGAAGUUUUGGAAUAAUUGUUUGAUUAUUGUGAGAAUUAUGGGUCCAAUUAUGCGCUUGUUGCGCAUUUGUGAUUCUGAUGAAAAAUCAUCAUUGGGUUAUGUAUAUGAAGGCAUAUGGAGAGUUGUUAAUGGCAUUAAAGAACUGUUUAAGAACAAGAAAAAGUUCUACGGCCCAUACAUUGAUAUAAUUGAUAGGAGGCUUUCAUAUAAAAAGAGGUCUUAUGAUCCGAUGGAUUAUGAAACUAUUGAUAAAGUUGAAUUUUGGGUAGUUGAUGAGGAAUAA